AUGUUCAAAAAGCCACCUCAAGUGAAACCAGCAGCUAAUAUAAAGUCAUCAGACAGGCGGAAACUUUUAUCCACAGUAUGCAAAACAUAUAAUCUCCCCAUCGAUGAUAUUGCCAAGGAAGGGUUAGACAACCUCGUGCCACCAAUCAGCAAAAAGGCCACAUUUACAUCCCCAACCGAUAAGAAAUUGACAGGGACGAUAUAUUUCGACUCGAAUGAGAUCCCCACUUGGUUCCAAACUAGGGAUUCGCAAUUGUAUCCAUCGUUAUUCACGUGUUGGAAAUGUCCAUAUAUCUUGCCCCUUGUGAAGACGCAUGAGCCCGUGAUUGGAGUAUUGGGUAAAGGAGCAGAUUUGAUGUUGCCCGGUACAAUCCCACCAUUUGAUGACAAAGCGGUUAGGGGUGCAAUUGUGGGUAUUGUCUCCAAGGAGAAACCAAAUGUCAUCAUGGCGGUUGGUGUUUGUCGGUUGAAUUUGACUCAAUUUGAUUAUGUAAUUGGAAGGUCGGGUAUGGCCGUGGAGAUUAUCCAUCAUUUUGAUGAUGAAUUGAUGAAGUUGAAUAAGGAGAUUGACGUGGUGGUGCCAGAUGAUGUUGAUGCAAGUAUACCCAGAGUUGCCAAGGAGAGUCAAGAUGAAGAAAAUGAAGAGGCAGUUGAUGAGGGAAGCAGAGGCACUAAAACGCAAAAUGAAGCAACAGCCGUGGGUGUGCAAUUGGAACCUAUCGUGUCUCAAGACACUGUUGAAACCAAGACUGCCAUUGAUGACGUUGCUCAAGAAUUGUCUCAAUUGACAACAGAGGAAAUUGACAAUUUCUUCAUUCGAUCACUUCUCCAAACUAUCAAAUUGGAAACUAUUGAACUACCCAUCAACUCAUCAACCUUUAUGUCUUCAUACAUUUACAAAAACUUGCCCGCACUUGAUCCGGCAUACGCCAACAUCAAAAAGACAUCAUGGAAAAAGACAUCCAAGUAUCUCAAGGCAAUGGCCAAGUUAUCUUAUUUGGAUGUCAAGGGCAAAGAUGAAGAUCUAUCAAUUACCAAAUUGAUGCCACGUACAAACCCCACAAUUGAAAACUUCGUGCCUCACAAGACCAACAAGGCAAAGAAGCCAACGUCAGCGACAACAGGAUCACUGGAUUCCCAAGGCAACGGCAGCGGCAGCGGCAAUGCUUCAUCCAUGAUGAAGAUCACCACAUUGUACAAACCGACUAGCAAAUCACGCAUGUUUUUCAACAAACUCAAUGCCGAAUUUGAUCAAUUGUACACCUUGCCUCAACUCCGCAUCAUGUUCAAUGAGUACAUCAAACUGGCCAAUUUGGUCAACCAAGCCAACCCCAAACAAAUACUCAUUGAUGAAAUUAUAGCCAAACCCACCAACAAACCCAUCAACACCACGGUUGCUCGAGACGAAAUAUUCAACACGUUUCUUACAAAUUUCACUCCCCAUUACUCUAUCCAACCCCCACAAACAACAACAACAACAACAACAACAACAACAACAGCAACAACAAGCACUACUGACCACGGACACCACCACGUAGCUAAGGGUUCCCCACCCAAGAUCCGUAUAGUUACCGAGAUGAAAAUUGGCCGUAAAGUGAUUACGCGUGUGGGAAACUAUGACAAGUUUUUCAUCAAGCAAGGAGCGUUUGCCGAGGAGUUGCGCAAAUUGUGCUCGGGGUCAACUACUAUUGUCGAUGAUGAGCAGGUGCAAGUUCAGGGUCCGCAUGGGAAUACCAUUAUUAAUUUGUUGAAGGAGAAAGGUGUGCCUUUGGGAUGUAUUGAGUUUGAAGAUAAGGUAAAAAAGAAAAAGAGAAAGUAG